AUGUAUUUAGGAAAGCCUCCUAGACAACUGAGAGUGUUAAUGCCAGAAAUGGACAUACAGCUUAUCAUGAAAGGAGAGCAGCAAAAUACACACCCUGGACGUCAGAAGAGCAGACUGAGACUCCCUCAGAGACUUGAUGGGCAGGAAAGAGUCCAGGAGAGCUGGCUGCAUUGUAAAGCAGCCUUAUUGAAGGCACAGGAAAAAAACCAUCCUGAUGCCCAUAAGACACACAAAUAUGGGAGCUCUUCUUGCAAGCUCUUUUUUCCUGAAGAUCCAGUGAAGAUUGUUAGGGCAAAAGGCCAGUAUAUAUAUGAUGAACAUGGAAGAGAAUACCUUGACUGUAUCAACAAUGUGUCUCAUGUUGGGCACUGCCAUCCGGAUGUAAUAAAAGCAGCACAUGAACAGAAUCAGUUGCUAAAUACAAAUUCCCGCUAUCUCCAUGACAAUUUGGUGGAUUAUGCAAAGAGACUUUCUAAAACAUUGCCUGAGAAGCUGUGCACAUUCUAUUUUUUGAAUUCAGGAUCAGAAGCCAAUGAUCUUGCCUUGAGAUUGGCACGGCAAUAUACAAAACAUGAAGAUAUUAUUGUUCUGGACCAUGCUUACCAUGGACAUCUGACAUCUCUGAUUGACAUAAGUCCAUAUAAAUUCAGAAACCUAGAAGGACAAAAGGAAUGGGUCCACGUGGCUCCUCUCCCAGACACAUACCGUGGAAUAUACAGAGAAGACCAUAAAGAUUCAGCCCUAGCCUAUGCCAAUGAAGUGAAAAAAAUAAUUGAACAAGCACAAAAAAGGGGCAGAAAGAUUGCUGCAUUUUUUGUUGAAUCCUUGCCAAGUGUUGGUGGUCAGAUCAUUCCACCAGCAGGUUAUUUCCAUAAGAUAGCAGAACAUGUACACCAGGCAGGAGGAGUUUUUGUUGCUGAUGAAAUUCAGAUUGGCUUUGGCAGGGUUGGCAAAUGUUUUUGGGCAUUCCAACUGCAGGGACAGGAUUUCGUUCCUGAUAUUAUCACUAUGGGCAAACCAAUGGGAAAUGGGCACCCCAUUGCCUGUGUAGCAACAACAAAAGAAAUUGCAGAAGCAUUUGCGGACACCGGAGUGGAGUACUUCAAUACAUUUGGAGGAAAUCCUGUUUCGUGUGCAAUAGGGUUAGCAGUUUUAGAUGUGAUUAAGAAGGAACAUCUUCAAGCCCAUGCUACACAAGUAGGCAACUUCUUGAUGGAAUUACUAAAUCAGCAGAAGAUCAAGCAUCCUAUCAUUGGUGAUGUCAGAGGUGUUGGAUUAUUUAUUGGAGUGGACUUGAUAAAAGAUCAAGAAAAAAGGACUCCAGCUACAGAAGAAGCUGAGUAUUUAAUAACAAGAUUAAAGAGAGAAUAUAUUCUGUUGAGUACGGAUGGUCCAGGAAGAAAUGUGCUUAAGUUCAAGCCUCCACUGUGCUUUACUAUGGACAAUGCAAAAUUAGUUGUGGACAAAAUGGAUGAAAUACUAACAGACAUGGAAAGAGAAAACACAUGUGAGCCAAUAGGAAAACACCAUUAAUUUUAGUCCUCAGCGCUUUGCUCAGGUAAGCAUUUUCUUUUCCAAUUUGUUUAAGUAGAAUGCUAAGAUCACUAAACUAGUAACAUCAUGUACUGGUUUAAAGAGAGAACCAAUAAAAUGUUUUACAAUAUAUUUUUCUAACAUUUAGCCUAGCAUAUCAUUUGAUUUAAAAAACAGAUUACCCCUUUUGGUGUUCUAAUCACUAUUUUGAUUUAUGUAGGAUCACUUUAGCUUCUCAGCCCCAACAACAAUCUAGUCUCCUUCAAGUGACGAAAUGGCUGGGUUUUUUUACUCAAAUUUGACUACUCUAGUAGCAGUUGGAAUCCUUAAAAUCUGCUGCUACUAGAAGAAUAUCACUUUGGUAUCUGUUGGGUGAUGGAGAGGGUAGUUGGUUUUUGAUGUAUUUCAUUGUGUUGGUUGCUGCUCAUGCAGCUGCUCUACUAAACCUUCAAGUAAGGGAAGCACAACUUGGCCCAUUCUGGAAUCUGUUCUAUUCUCUUUGAGUAUUCAAAGAAGCAAACCCAAAUACUCUGUGUGAGCUUUCUAUUUGGCACAAUAUGUGUUGAUGUCAUUUGGAAUUCUGACAGUAAAAGCAAAUGGUAAUAAUAGCAUAAGCGAAACCACAAUAUGGUGAAUUAAGGACAAACUAUUAAGAUGCUUCUGCAUUGCAAUGGACAUUUACUUUAGUUCAAGCAAAAGCCAUAUUAUGAGCUACAGCACCUCAUACAAACAUCUAUUUUAUUCAAGAAUUAAAAAGUUAGUUUUGAAUUAGCAUAUAAGCUGUAAAUCCUAUAUACUACUAAGUCUAAGUUUGUGAAAUUAAAGAAUAGAGAAAUUUUAGGGCCCAAUUCAGUUGCCAUUAAAAUUAGAAACACUGACUGUAGCAGCAUCUGAACGAGAGCUUUCAGGUGCAUGCAGUGUAAGAGAUGCUACCAAAAAAGUUUAUAAAACUAUUUCUCCUGUUUAAUUACAUAUUUCCCAUAUUGUCACACAUGAAAGGGUUGCUACAGUGCAUGGCAAAGAGCCUGCAAAACUUUGCUCUAAAUACAGUGUAGGAGAAGCGGCAUUGACCUUGUUAAUUUCCUUCGUGUACAGAAAGUAUGAAACCUAAUACAUACUUUACAAUAUCUGAUCUUUCAUCUAUAAGUUCCAGACAGUAAUUCUACAAAAUGUACUGCAAAGGAUAGAUUUAACAAUCACGCUUCCCAUAACCUAAAACACACUUAAGCUAAACAAUUAUGUUACAAUCUGCAAUAUUUGCUAAUGCUUCUGUUAGCAAUGAAAAACUUCAGAGAAAAUACUCUGGCAUUAUAAUUAGUUUGCUUCAGCUGUAAGCAAAGCUGGUUUGGGAUUCACUUAACUAGCAGCCAAUUCUGAAAAAAUGACUACCAAAGAGGGUUAUUUUCCUAUUCUAGUUCUUAUGUACCAUUUUGCAGUGUCUCAUUUUUCAGGUUUGAGUUAUUUUAGUGACUAUACUAAAGCUCAAUAUUCUACCACGCUGUAGUAGCCAACUGGAAAGCAUGCAGAACCCAUGGCCAUAUAUGUACCUGUCCUCACUUUGCUAUGUUUUAGUGUCUUACCAGCUACAGAACUUGAUUUAUUUAUGCCAAUAUAUGGUUUACACAGCCAGACUCAUUUUCAACCAUAGGUCUCAAACAGGUGCCUCUGUGUUUAAACCCUGUACCAAAAUGUCUUACGAAUCGCCUUCCUUCUGAGGACAUGUUUAGUGAGGAAAGAGAAGAUUGAAUCUAAACUUGCCCACAGAAAUGCUGUCUUUGAAAGACAGCAGAAUGUGUGAGCAGUGAAGCUGAAUAUAACAUUCCCUGUGAGAGCAUGCAACAUAUACAUCUUAAGAUUCUUUUUAACAGCAAUGGAACAUGUCUCCACUACAACAGAAACAAACAGUACACUCUGCUCUACAUGACAAGCAUCCUCAGUUUUGCUUCAAGCUCUAAUAACUGUGCAUCCAGACCCAACUCAAGUGUCAGUAUGACAGCUUGCUCCUUAACCACAAGCUGCUCUGUAUGCAUUUGCUAGCUAAUGCAUGCUUUGC